AUGAAGAUCACGGAAGAAGAUGUGGAAGCUGUGCUUGGACUACCACGUGGUCCAAAGACAGUAGUUGAAGCCUAUGAUUCCAGGACAAGUCCGAAGAUCAAGAGGAGUACAAGAAUCUUGUCCGGUAGGUACUUUGUGUUGUUUUUCAUGGCUAGCAUGCUCCUCAGAACAAAGAAUGCGUGUUGCCGCCACCAAGUAAUGAAAUCAUUGAUGAACGUCGAUGACAUCAAAAUUUACAAUUGGUGCAAGUAUGUAGCAAAGGAACUCUACGACGCGGUCGAACAGUGGCAGAAAAAUCCUCAGGGUGCUUUCAAUGGGCCAGUGAUCUUUCUCAUAUUGUGCUAUUUGGAUAGAGUUGAGUACAAAGAUGGGGAUGGAAUCCCCCGGCAGUUUCCUGUGAUUGCUCGGUGGGACAAUGACCGAGUAACAAAAAGGCUGGCUUUGGAACGUAAGGGUGCAGGGUUUGGAAGUGGCAAACCUCUGGAUAGGAUUGCAGUAUCAAAACGAAUGGAUGAGGAUGAGCCCAUACAGGACGAGGAGAUGAGGAAAGUUGAUGAUCCUUUGUUGUAUUGCUGUGUGGUUGCUCAACUCGUAUGCUUCGACGCUCAUCCUGUAUGUUUCGAUCCUCAUCUUGAUAGAGAAUAUUUGGUUGUUCAUCCUGUAUGUUUUGAUGCUUAUCCUUUGUUUGAAGAAGCUAGUGAAACUGGUAUAGAUGGACACAUCAUGUUCUAUAAAUUCUUCAACGACUAUGCCGAAGUCUUGAAGAGAAUGGGUGAAGAUCAAGAAGUCAACUCAGUUCCUGCUGACCAAAAUCAGAAGCAAAAAGUAGAUGGCUCUCAAAUACCCAAGUGUGAUAAGCCACCGGACCCAAAAGCCAAGUGUAAUGUCCCAAAACUUCCUGAUGGACCAAGUUUUGGCCUAGGCAUUUCUGAAAGUUUUCCGCAAGAACCUGUCAAUGUUCCCGAAGAAAAAGACGACUCCACUGCUGAGAGUCUUCAUCAUGAUAACUCAUUCCCUAGCCGAGAACAUGCAGCUGUUGAAAUUGCCAUUAAAUUCCAGAGUGACGAACAUCCAACGACUCUAUCAAUCACUAGGCCGCCAAGUCUACAAACUCUUGAGAGAAAACAAGAUUCUGUACGGAAGAACAUUUAUAAUAAAUCUGACCAUGUGAAAUUUCUUUUGUGUUCAAGUGUUUUCACCAGUGUAGAGAUCCAGAGCAAAAACCAGGAUGAGGAACCUUUUCAGUACAGGUUGCCGUUCUAG